ACAACUCCCGGCAGGUUAUACGGCGCCCGCCUAUUGGUUUCCGGCCGGGGCGGGAGCCCCGCGCGGCGUUGAAAAGCGCGGCGCGCGCGGGGCAGAGGUAGCUCCCGCCAUGUACAGGAAACAUCUCCAGGAGAUCCCUUCCUCCAGCAGCAAUGUUUCCACCAGCUUCACCUGGAACUGGGACUCCAGCAAGGCCUCAGAGUUACUCUUGGGCAUGGGAGUGUCUGUCCUUAAGAAGGAUAAGCUGGGUGAUGAAAACGUGCUGCAGGAUCUGCUGGGGCCAUUGCCCUGCCCACCUCGGAAGCGGCAGAAGGUGAAGGAGGAGAAGGGAAAGGACUUUGUGAUCGUGCGCCGGCCUUGGGUGCUUCGAGAGGCAGAGUCAGGUGUUUCUUGGGAUGCGCUUCCAGAUGAAUUGCUUUUGGCAAUCUUUGCAUAUUUGCCCCUAAAUGAUUUGCUAAAAGUUUCCCUGAUUUGCAAGAGAUGGCAUAGUCUUUCGUUUGAUGAAUCUCUCUGGCAGACCCUCGAUCUGACUGCUAGGAAUCUGCCACCGGGAGUGAUUGGACAGUUGCUGCCUGCAGGUGUUACUGUAUUCCGCUGCCCAAGAUCUUGUAUUGGGAAUCCAUUGUUUAAAACAAGCAAACCUCUCAAAGUUCAACAUAUGGAUUUGUCAAACUGCACAGUGUGUGUUGCAGAUCUUGAGAGCAUUCUUUGUCGGUGUGAAAGGCUGCAGAACCUCAGCUUGGAGGGACUAGUGCUUUCUGACACCAUCAUCAAGAGCAUUGCUAAGAAUCCCAGUUUGAUCCGACUAAAUCUGUGUGGCUGUUCAGGGUUUUCUGCAGAAGCCUUAGAGCUGAUGUUGGACAGCUGUUCUAUGUUGGAGGAGCUGAACUUGUCCUGGUGUGACUUUACAUCCACCCAUGUCAAAGCAGCAGUCAAUCAUGUUACUUCAAAAGUAACCCAAUUAAACUUAAGUGGAUACAGACAGAAUCUACAAAUGUCAGAUGUUAAAACAUUGGUGGAAAGAUGUCCUUUUCUACUUCACUUAGAUCUGAGUGACAGUGUGAUGUUGAAGCCUGAGUGCUUUCAGUAUUUUUAUCAACUCGUCUUUCUACAACAUCUGUGUCUUAGCCGAUGUUAUCAGAUAUCACCUGCGGCCUUAGUAGAACUUUGUGAAAUUCCAACAUUAAAGAGUCUUCAGGUAUUUGGAAUAGUGACUGAUUGCUCCCUGCAUCUCCUCAAGGAAACGCUUCCUGACAUAGAGAUCAACUGUUCACAUUUUACAAGUAUUGCAAGGCCAACUGUCGACAGUAAAAAGAACGACGAGAUCUGGGGCGUUAAGUGCAGACUGACGCUGAGCAAUCCUAGUGGUUUAUGAUUGUGUACAAUGCACUGGAUGCGAUGGAUGCACUGUGUAGUGAAGCUCCUUAUGAAGCAGAGUGCUAGAGCACCUUUAAUCAUAGUACUGUUAUUGUAAAAAGCAUUCUAACUUGGUCUUACACCUUAAUGUAGUUUCGUAUAUAUUUUUACAGUAUUUUCUGUACUUGAAGCCUUUAAAUAUCUGAUCUGAGUGAUUGUAGAAUCUUGAAGUUCUUUUUUUUACAGGAGAUCUUUUAUUCAACAAAAAUAUCAUGGAACAAUCAUUGUAUUUAAAAUCAUGUCAGCCUCUGGCAACUGCUGUUCUGAUGCAGCUUUUGUUGCUCCAAGGUGUUCAAAAGGUGCUCUUGGUUAGCUAGCUCUUCCAGCUCUACCACUCCUGAAACAAACUGUAGAGGUGCUAGAUGUCCUUAACACUUUCUAAGGAAUUGUCUUGGUCUAAGUUUACAGAACUCAAUGAAUAAUGUUACUUGACCUAUUGAAAUCCUUAAUUUAACAAGUCGUACAGUAAGAUGAGAAGCUACCCGCUGUCUGCGAGAGGGACAGAUGCCCAAGUCUGAAGUCACCAAAUCUGAAAACAGUAUGUAAGAGAAGAGAUAUUUACAUAAAAGCAGCUAAGAGCUGAGUACUGCACAAGAAAAGAAGCAGUAUAAAGGAGCUACAGUAAAGUUUUUCUUUAGUAGGCCACAAAGUUAACAUCUAUAUUUAGUGUUCUUUGUUGGCCCAUUCAGAAUAAGCAUCGGUAGAAAUAAAUGCUUGUUGCCAAUUUUUUCCAUGAUGUGGUGCUAGGUUUUCUGAGUGUUACAGAACCUUAAUGUAGCUUCUGUGAGCUGAUAUCAGAUAAAAAUUAUUUAUUACUUCCUCUAAAUAGCAACUGAUAAAGUGGCAGAUAUCUUGUGGGAGGAGAGCUCAAAUUGUUCUACAUCUCAGACCAAAACCAUGGGACCAUCGCAUAACGGUGCUGAAAGGAAGUGAUGCUUUGGUGCUGUUAAGAGACAUCAAUAUCUCUUUUAUAAUAGCUUGUUUGUAGUAACAUUUUGCUUCCUGUAUCUGUAUGCUAACCAUUACUGUCUAGGUUGUUUUUAGUCAUAUGAAAACCUGAAUAACUGUCCAAAAGUAAAAUAAUCAUAUCAAAAAACCUCCAACAAAACAAAAAAUUAAAACACCCCAAUAAAACCAAACUAAGGAUAGGGACAGGUAAUAACUUAAAAACCUGGUCUGAGUCUGUGCUCAGGGUCCUCAUGCAUAAACCUGGAAUGUUCCAGCAGUAUAAGUGUUAGUUGAUAAGUCCUAGGGCAAAACUUGUACCCUGUGAAGGGCAUGAGUGUACUGCUGCUGUUACCAUGAAUUACAGUAAUCAAGUGAAGUUAUUCAUGGAUGCUUAAGGUUAGCCUACAGCAUUUUACAGUGGGGCUGUUGUGCAGGUACAGUGUUUCCCAUCUCAAUCUGAAGAGUUCAGGAAUAAAUACUUGGUAGUACAGAACAGAUUAAUUACUGUGGAAAAAUUGAUUUUCUAUAGUACAGCAAAUACAGCAUUAUUUUGUUAAUCUAGGUUGGGUUUUGGUUUUUUUUUUUUUUUUUUAAUAAAUUUAACAAAAUGCACGUAAUUUGAGUAAGGGGAAACAGAGCUUGUAAAAGCUGGAGUGGAGAGGUGAUGGGAGGUUGGAAGAUACCGGACAUUCCACUUUACUUUGCAGCGUUAGGUUUAUGCCUUAAAUUACUUAAAGAAAUAAAAUGGAUCUUUACAGCACA